AUGAUGUACAAUACAGGAGUUGUCGUUACCCGUACACCCCAUGCUGCACCAUCCGGUGGCAGCAGCAAGCUUGCCUUUACCAAGUUGCCCCCCUGUGGCGCCGCCGACAACGGAUAUCAGUUUGACUCGGGGUGCAACCUCUCGGGUGUCAAAAAGGUUUAUGUCGAGUGUGGAAAGUACUACUGGGAGUACGGUUCUGUCAUGAAACGAAUUGUUUUGGAAUUCAAUAACAGUGGUGAUGACAAUCCUCACCAAGCAGCCGUGAUCUAUCAUGCACAAGACGCUCAUAAGGCCGAAGGUGGCAACAAGACAUUUACGAUGGAUGUCAAGCCAAACGAUCCCAUCACCAAGGUGGUUGUUUGGGCCGAUCACCGACUUGUCACUGCAGUGCAGUUCCACAUGGCUUCGGGAAGGAUCUCACCCGUGUAUGGCAUCCCAGUGUCAUCCAGCGAAACCAAGACCUUUGAAGGCCCGCACGGCCAACAUUCGGCAUUGGUAGGACUGUACGGCACCUAUAACUCCGCCUUGUGCAGCAUUGGGUUCACCUUUGCUGCCACGAAUGCUUCGGACGAAGUGGACGGCACCAUGAGUUUGAAUACAGAAGAUCUUUCGAGUGUCAUCACCAGCUUCUCCACCACGGAUGAUGAUGACAAGUAG